ACCUGCCUGACCUAUCAACCCUCUUGCAAGGCCCUGAACCCCAAAAAGAGUGGCAUCCAGAAGAUUCAGGUGGGCCAGGAUAUCUUCCAGUUGUAUUGUGCCGGAAGGGGUUGGGUCGUCAUCCAGCGGAGAGUCAGUGCCAAGGAGAACUUCUUCCGCAACUGGAUCCUGAAGGGAAGUUUUUUCCUGGGUCUCAAGAAGAUCCAACUGAUCACCACCCCGGAACCUCAGGAGCUCUACAUUCACUUGGAGGACUUCCAGGGAAAAACUGCCUACGCAUACUACGAUCGGUUUGCUUUGGGGGACGUGAUCAGCAACUACACGAUUAUCCAACUGGGCAACUACAAUGGAACAGCUGGGGACAGUAAGAACUACCACGUGAACCAUCCCUUUAGUACCUUUUACAGGGACAAUGAUUUCUGGCCUGAUGGUAACUGUGCUGUCACGUACAUGGGUGGCUGGUGGUAUAGAAACUGUCUGGGAUGCAAUCUCAAUGGCGCCUAUCUGGGCGGGAACUUUACGGACCCCGAACUCUUUGCCAAGGGUGUGACUUGGACGACGUGGCAUGACUUUACAGCUAUAAGUCCGUCCUCAUAAUGCUGCGAUCGCAAUGGUGAUCCAAAAGUUAAAGAACUAGAAAAAUAAACGUAAUAUUUUUCGGGCGCA